AUGGUUCAGAUCAGCGAGGUCAAGGGUAAUACCCGCGACAAUCGUACAGCUACUCAUACACACAUCAAAGGCCUCGGUCUGCGACCUGAUGGCACCGCGGAGAAACAAGCUGCAGGCUUUGUUGGCCAAGCGGCUGCUCGAGAAGCAUGCGGUGUAGUUGUUGAUUUAAUUCGCGCGCAAAAGAUGGCCGGCAGAGCUAUAUUACUGGCAGGUGGUCCAGGUACGGGGAAAACAGCUCUCGCUCUUGCGAUUAGCCAGGAGCUUGGCACCAAAGUACCCUUUUGCCCUAUUGUUGGGAGCGAAUUAUACUCGGCCGAAGUCAAGAAGACAGAGGCUUUGAUGGAGAACUUUCGAAGAGCCAUCGGCCUUAAGGUCCGCGAAACAAAAGAGGUCUACGAGGGUGAGGUCACCGAGUUGACUCCGGAGGAAGCAGAGAACCCCCUGGGCAGCUACGGCAAGACUAUCAGCACAUUAUUGAUCGGCCUGAAGAGCGCGAAGGGCCAAAAGAAGUUGCGGUUGGAUCCCAGCAUCUACGAAGCCAUACAGAAGGAGAGAGUCACGGUUGGGGAUGUGAUCUAUAUCGAAGCAAACACUGGAGCUUGCAAGCGUGUUGGUAGAUCUGAUGCGUACGCAACAGAAUUUGAUUUAGAGGCGGAGGAGUACGUCCCAAUUCCCAAGGGAGAGGUACACAAGAAGAAAGAAAUCGUUCAAGAUGUCACAUUACACGAUCUUGACAUCGCCAAUGCACGACCUCAAGGCGGACAAGAUAUAAUGAGCAUGAUGGGCCAGUUGAUGAAGCCAAAGAUGACAGAGAUAACCGAGAAGCUACGAGCUGAGAUUAACAAGGUGGUGAACAAAUACAUCGACCAAGGCGUUGCUGAGCUUGUCCCUGGUGUUCUCUUCAUUGACGAGGUCCACAUGCUUGAUAUCGAGUGCUUCACAUAUCUCAACCGAGCGCUUGAAUCAAGUAUCUCACCCAUUGUAAUUCUGGCUUCCAACCGGGGUAUGUGCACCAUCCGCGGUACCGAGGACUUAGUUUCUGCCCACGGAAUUCCCCCGGAUCUCUUGGCUCGUCUUCUCAUUAUCCCUACAAAUCAAUAUCAAGCGGAUGAGAUCAAAAGAAUCGUUCGGAUUCGAGUAACAGUUGAAGGCCUCUCAAUAACGGAAGCUGCGUUGGACAAGAUCGCCGACCAUGGGUCUCGUAUAAGCUUGCGAUAUGCUUUGCAGCUCCUCACGCCUUCCAGCAUUCUUGCGCGUGUAAGCGGUCGCAAUCAGAUCGACGUUAUGGAUGUGGCUGAAUGCGAGGAUCUAUUUAUCGACGCACGGCGAAGUGCAGCGAUCGUGAACGGGGAGACUGGUAAUCACUUCAUUACGUAG